CGCACUAGGUGGACCACGAGUCUCGCAAUUUACGGUUACCACAUAAGGAGUGAGGGAAAAGGGAAAACCUGACAGGAAAUCCUGUCUGAUUCAGCCGUUCUCCCCGAAGUCGCCUCGAAAGAGACGACGUUUCUCGAGUCGUCAUGUGGCGCCUUGCUCGCGUUGCUUCUAGAUCAGCAUGCCACGCGCCGUAUCUGAUAUCGGAGUCGCUAGCUGCUGCUGGUGGGGAGAGUUGGGCUGGCGGCUGCAUAACCGGUUUAGUUUCAGACGCCACUCCCGUCUUUCGCAACAUCAGGCUCCUGGCGAGUGCUCUACGUGAAUCCACGUCGGCAUCAUCGUCAGCAGCAGCGAGCAUAUCACCGCCAGUUGCUGAUACAGGAGGACCGCCAAGACCUAGCAGCGGUGCUACAGACCCCCCACUACCAGCGGCAGCAGCACCACUGCUAGCAGCGUCAGGCACAGCAGCAGCAGCAGCAGCAGCAGGGGUGGAGAGGUGUUUGACGUGGCGAUCGUUGGUGGGGGUCUCAUUGGCGCUGCUGCAGCGUGUGCGCUGUCCACAAGUCGGCUAACGCGAGACCUCCGCAUCGCUCUGAUCGAUGCUGUUCCCCUCAGCCAGACACCGCAAACAACUACCACGACCAGCAGCAGCAGCAGCAGCAGUAGCAGUCCCGCACCUGAUGCCAGGGUGAUUGCCGUCAACCCCUCAUCCAUCGACCUCCUGAAACGUGUGGGGGUUUGGAAUGACAUUGCGUCUGACACUGUUCGUGCUGCUCCGUUCCAACACAUGCAGGUGUGGGACUUUGCCGGCCCAGGUUUCAUUCGCUUCAAUGCUUCUGACAGCCGACUCCCGCACCUAGGGUACAUAGUUGAGAAUAAGCUGAUCGUAUCUAGCCUCCUUCGAAGAAUACAGGCCCAUCCCUCAGUCUCUCUCAUCGCUCCAGCAAAGCUCCAAACCAUCAAAUGGCCAAAGCCAUAUGACUCCUUUCCCACUGUCACUCACAAUUCAGUCAAAUCUGAAUCAGGGCCUCUUGGCCCCUUAGGCAGCAGUGGGGACGGGGAUGGGGAUGGGGAUGGUUUAGCAGAGAUCCACUUUGAGAGUCGCCCACCCAUUCAAGCAAGGCUUGUGAUCGGAGCCGAUGGUUCUCGAUCUCGUGUCCGCUCCCUUGCAGGCCUCCGCACCGUCGGAUGGCCGUAUCACCAGCGAGGUGUGAUCUCCACCGUCGAUCUCGCCUCUCCCAGCAUCACAGCCUGGCAGCGGUUCCUCCCCUCAGGCCCCCUCGCCCUCCUCCCCCUGGGCGAUAACUUCAGCAAUGUUGUGUGGUCAACCACCGAAGAGCACGCCCUUAAGCUACAAUCUAUGAGCCCAGGAGAAUUCGCUGGUGCGGUUAAUGAGGCGUUCCGGAAGGACUUUGCUUCGCCUGGGCUAUCCCAAGGGACUUUGAAGCUGCCUUUUGUGCCCUCGUCUGCUGCUGCUGGUGCUGCUGGUGCUGCCGCUGCUACCUCGGGUGCUGCUGCUGCCGUGGCAGCAGCUGCCAGUGCUGUUUCUGCUGCAGCUGCCGCAGCAGGGAAUCUUGCUGCGGCCUCCCUAUCCUCUGCGCUUGCAUCAGCAACCCCCUUACAGUCACUCUUUGCACAAGCCCCACCAAUCCCUUAUACAGUUCAGGUGCUGCUGAUCAGUUCCAGAUCCCUCCAGAAGUUUUAUCUGCCCGGAGCAAGGUUCUUUCUUUCCCAUUGUCGCUGCAGAAUGCAGGCUCUUAUGUUGCACCAAGAUGCGUUCUUGUGGGGGAUGCAGCGCACACGGUGCACCCGCUGGCAGGUCAAGGAGCUAACCUGGGCUUUGGGGAUGUUACGGCGCUUGUAACGGUGCUAGAAAGGCUGGUGGAAGUUGGGGAAGAUAUUGGAGAGGUGUCGCUUUUGCAUUCGUAUGAAAGGGAACGCCAAGCUGCUAAUAUAGCCAUGAUGGGGGCGAUGGACUUCUUGAAGAGAGUGUUUGCCACGGACACAUUCCCCGUGGCGAAUGCACGUAGUGCAGGGCUUUCUAUCCUCAACUCGUCGCCGCUGGCUAAGCUAAACUUUGCCGCAUUUGCGUCAGGCACUAUUCUUUGAGAAAUGUUGGUUUUCUUGUGAAGGGUUUUUGUAAUCGACUUUCUUAUCGUCG